GGGAAUGGAAACAAAACAUGGCGGCCGGAGAGUGAGACGAACAUUACGUUAGAUGCUAACAACCACAAACUCUCUGAUUGUCCAAAAUCACCUCAUAAAGGGGCAAAAGGAAAUAUUUCAAAAUGUCUCGACACAGAAAUGUCCGGGGUUAUAACUACGACGAAGACUUUGAAGAUGACGACAUAUAUGGACAGUCUGUGGAUGAUGACUACUGUAUUUCACCAGCUACAGCUGCCCAGUUCAUUUACUCCCGCCAUGAGAAGCAGGCAGCCUUUGCAGAGCCCCUGGAGGAAGAAGAGUAUGAGGCGGAGGAAGAGAUGCCCAUGUCCCCCACCAGCAGCCAUCAGAACCUCGAUCCCCUCGACCAGGGGAGGCUGUACUCAUGUUUGGACCAGAUGCGCGCGGUGCUCGGAGACUCCAUCCCGGACUCCGUUCUGACGAGAGCGGCCCUGGAGGCUGGCUUUGACCCGCAGAAGGCGCUGGACUCUGUGCUCUCUGACGACAGCAAGACGGCACCUGCUACGAGAAACCAGCAGGAAGAGUCCACUGCUACAAGAAGUGACAAAGGUAAAGGAAGAGACCCUCCUGUUAGUAAACUUGACUCAGAAGUGCUGCCCAAAGUAGCCCGGAUGACCGUCUCGGGAAAGAAACAGACCAUGGGCUUCGAUGUUCCCAGCGCUGAGGAGAACGGUGCCCUGGUCACCUCGGCACGCAAGGGGGCGACUCCCGAUGACGUCACCGCAGGAGGGUUUCCCGACACGCCGUCCCGUCCUGCUGCCGCCUCCAGCCAGGGCGGCGCCGAAGAGCCCGCCGCCCUGCCGACACCCGUGAAGUCUUCCAGUAAGGCCAAGCAGCAGCUGAACAUCAAGGAGGAGCUGGAGAAAAGACAGGGAGGGAAGCCCCUGCUCAACCUGGUGGUCAUUGGUCAUGUCGAUGCAGGCAAGAGCACCUUGAUGGGUCACCUCCUCUACCUGCUGGGGAACGUGAACAAGAGGACCAUGCACAAGUACGAGCAGGAGUCCAAGAAGGCAGGCAAGGCGUCCUUCGCAUACGCUUGGGUCCUGGACGAAACCGGGGAGGAGAGAGACCGAGGUGUGACUAUGGACGUGGGGAUGACCAAGUUUGAGACCCAGACAAAAGUGGUCACCCUGAUGGAUGCCCCAGGCCACAAGGACUUCAUUCCCAACAUGAUCACCGGUGCUGCACAGGCAGACGUGGCUGUUCUGGUGGUGGACGCCAGCCGGGGCGAGUUUGAGGCCGGGUUCGAGGCGGGGGGGCAGACCAGGGAGCACGCCUUGCUGGUUCGCUCUCUGGGCGUCACCCAGCUGGCUGUCGCCGUCAACAAGAUGGACCAGGUGAACUGGCAACAGGAGCGCUUCCAGGAAAUUCUCACCAAACUCGGUCACUUCUUGAAACAAGCAGGGUUCAAGGACUCGGAUGUGUUUUACAUACCCACCAGUGGCCUGUCUGGUGAAAAUUUGUCCACCAGGAGUAAAGUCCAAGAGCUGACUGCCUGGUACAAAGGGCCUUGCCUUCUGGAACAAAUUGAUGCCUUCAAACCACCCCAGAGAUCAGUGGAUAAGCCCUUCCGACUCUGCGUCGCAGACGUUUUCAAAGAUCAAGGCUCAGGCUUUUGUGUGACAGGCAAAAUCGAGGCGGGCUACAUCCAGACAGGGGACCGCAUUUUGGCAAUGCCUCCGAAUGAGACCUGCACGGUCAAAGGCAUAACACUGCACGAGGAGCCAAUCGAAUGGGCUGCCGCGGGGGAUCACGUCAGCCUCACCGUAACCGGCAUGGAUAUCAUCAAAAUCAACGUGGGCUGCGUGUUCUGCGACCCAAAGGAACCGAUAAAAGCUUGCACCAGAUUCCGGGCCAGAGUGCUGCUCUUCAACAUCGAAGUUCCCAUUACACAAGGAUUCCCUGUGUUGUUGCACUACCAGACUGUAAGCGAACCAGCCACUAUUAGAAAACUAGUCAGUGUUCUUCAUAAAAGCAGUGGAGUGGUACUGAAGAAAAAGCCAAAAUGCCUCAGUAAAGGGCAGAAUGCAGUGGUGGAGAUCCAGACCCAGAGACCUGUGGCCCUGGAGCUCUACAAAGACUUUAAGGAGCUGGGUCGCUUCAUGCUACGUUAUGUGGGAUCCACCAUUGCUGCAGGGGUAGUCACUGAGAUCAAAGAGUGACGAGCCAUCCCUCCACCCUCAGCAGAAACCAGAGACCCAGAAAUGGCAAGAGCCUGUGCAGUUUCUUCCAAAUUUCUUUUAAACGAGCUGGCAGAGAACACAGUUUACGUCCUUCACUUGCGCUCAUCAUACACUUUAACAGCAUAAGAGAUCAACCACCGUGACCUCGUUUGCGACCUUGCAUGAAGGCUGCUCGGACCAGAAUCGCCCCGCGAGAGGCGGGCGCCUGAGGGAGAAACCCCGCUGAUGACGAGAAGUUCCACACAUUUCCCCUCAGCAUCUCAGCUGCUCACGCGGUGCUCUCCCAUUGGCUGGCCCACUGCCCCACCACCACCUCCGCCGUUCCACAACAACUCCAUUCAUGUUCUGAGCGACAAUCCAGAGGACCUUUAUUUUUCCAAUUAAUUUAUUCAUCUUAAUGAGUAGCUAAAUGAUUGACUGAGUAUUUGAAUACAGGACAGCUUACCUGACUCCAGGUAUUUUUGGUUGGUUUGAACAAAUGUGUAAAUAUAUACCAGAAACUGCAAGCAACUUAGAAGGGGAUCACACAUGGAAAAUACUAGAAACAAAGAAUAAAGAAUAUAUGACAACAAGAAUAUGUAAGAAACAAGAAUAUAUGACAGAACAUGCACAAAUAUACCAUUGUCAAGAAAUCUUGCAGCUGCAAUAGUAUGAAACCAUUGAACCUCAUUUUAAGUAAAAGAACAUAAUAUAAAACUGUCACCCAUCAGCAAAGUAUCAAUAGAGUUGCUUAAGUUGAGGUUUCAUCAUUGCUAUAUUUAAUAUUUGCAAAUGCUGCAAGUUUAUUGGCUCAUGGCAGCCAUGUUGUUUUACAUAGCAACUUAAAUGAAGGAUAGUACAGUCCUCAAACAAAUCAAAUGAGAUGUCAGUGGAUAAAUCUGUUGAUGAGCAUAAAACUCAAGUGCACAGUCCACCAAAUCACAGGGCCAUCAAUUCAUGCCACCAGAUAACUGGUUCAUGAUAAUUGACCCUUUUAGACAGGGGCGGGGAGGGAUAAACAAGUGUGUAAAAGUCCCGUUUCAGAAUGUUGCCUUUCAUGAACGGGAGUGCUUUAAAAAUGGCCCGGGUAAAGUGAGUGCAGUGAUCAAACUGGGGCAGCCCCAAACAUAGUGGGUACUUCCCAGAGCCAUUUACAGUCGUACAAAAUUUGAGGCAUCCAGGCAUAAGCCAUCUAGGUAUCAACGCUGUUUUCCGCUUGGGAGAAAAUAUCUUAAAAAAAAAAAAAACGCUUUA